AAACGUUUAAAACAAACAAAUCCUAGGGAUAGACACCUUCUCCGUCCGUUCGCCACCUUCACCUCCGGCGGCGCUCCUAGUAUCGCUAGCUUAGCCUCUGCCUUCUUUGUUGUUCUGCUGCUGGUGCUUCUUCACUUCUUCCGUCAAUCUGAUUUUGUGCUUCCUAUCUCCCUCUCAUUCGACGGCGACGCCGUCUUCAUUCUCCCCGACGUCAAACUCGCUCGGUCUUGUUCUGCUUCCCUUACAGCCCUUCUGGUCUCGUUCUACCGUUGUUCGCCGCUCGCUCCAUUAAGUCUAUUUACUUGUAAAAUCUGUCCAAGAAUGCAAGAACUGUAAGAGGAAGAGGAAGGCCUUGUUACAGUUAGAAUUAGUUGUCCUAGUGGCUCUGGAGAAUUAAGGCUUAUCCAUUUGAUUGUAUCAUCACCAAGAAUGCCAAUGACCCAAAAUACAAUUUUGAGGAACUGAUUCUUGGAUAGAAGUUAGCACAUAACAAGUUGUUUCUAACUUUUUGAGGUCAUGGGGUUAUAUUAGCAGAGCAUCACCAAUUCAUAAAGAUUAAAUGAUAUAGAUCCUUGUACCCAGUUUUUAUGGUUCAAAAGUGAAGCCGGGGUAACACCAAUGUGGAUGGCGACUCAAAUCCUCAUAUUGAAACGCUUCCCAAUAAUCACGAAACCUCUGUUUCUCUCCUUCUCAUAUUCUUCAUCCUCUGAGGAUGUGGUAGAAACCGCCAUAUGCAUCCUCACCCAUAACCGCUCCAAAUCCCGUUGGACCACCCUCCACUCCCUUUACCCCAAUGGCUUUAGCCCCAUCCAGUUUUCCAAAAUUGCCCUCGGCAUAAAGAACAAACCCCACCUCGCCCUCCAUUUUUUCCAAUGGACCAAAUCCAAAUCCCUUUGCAACCACAACCUUCACUCUUACUCCACCAUCAUCCACCUUCUCGCACGUGCCCGCCUCAAAACUCAUGCACAAGAAGCCAUCACUCUCGCCAUUCGUGCCUCCCUAAACCACGAACAUUCUAGUUUAGAUUCGCCACCUUUGAAGCUCUUUGAGCACCUUAUCAAGACCUAUCGGCUCUGUGAUUCUGCCCCCUUCGUCUUUGACUUGUUGAUUCGCUCUUGUUUGGAGUCCAAUAAGCUUGAACCUUCGAUUCAGAUUGUUAGAAUGUUAAUGUCCCGCGGGAACAUUCCCAAAGUUUGCACAUUGAACAGUUUGCUUUCUAGGGUUUGCAAGCUUCAAGGUUUUGAUGCUGGCCAUGGGAUUUAUAGGGAGUUUUUUGGGUUGGUUGAGGUAAAAGACAAGAUUUUGAAAAGGGGUUUUGGUUUUAGGGUAUCCCCUAAUGCACAUACCUAUAAUGUAUUGAUGCUACGUUGUUAUCAGGAUGGUUUGAUGGGGAAAGUUGAAGAAAUUUGGAAUGAGAUGGGUACAUCGAAUUGUGCACCCAAUGCAUAUAGCUACACUCUAUUGAUGGCUGCUUUUUGUGAUGAAGGAAGAAUGGUGGAUGCUGAGAGGUUGUGGGAAGAAAUGGAGAAUAAAAAAAUGGAACUUGAUGUUGUUUGUUAUAAUACUAUCAUUGGUGGGUUUUGCAAAAUUGGAGAUGUUGGUAGAGCUGAGGAGUUUUUCACAAAGAUGCAAUUGGGUGGUAUUGACAGCACUAAUGCAACUUAUGAGCAUUUUGUUAAGGCAUAUUGCAGUAUUGGGGAUGUUGAUUCAGCUGUUCUUGUAUAUAAUGAUAUGUGUAGGAGGGGAUUUAGGCCUUGUGCAUCGAUCCUUGACAUGAUGGUUGUGUUACUUUGUGAUAAGUGUAGGGUUGAUGAAGCAAUUGAGUUUCUUGGGAAUGCAGUUUGUAGAUAUGAUUUGGUUCCCAAAGAGAAGAGUUAUGAGGUGUUGAUAAAGGGGUUGUGUUCUGAAGGGAAAAUGGAAAAAGCUUUGAAGCUUCAAGCAGAGAUGGUAGGAAUAGGGCAUCAUCAACCGAAUUUAGAGAUAUAUAGUGCUUUUGUUGAUGGGUACACUAGGCAAGGGAAGGAUGAAAUGGCAGAAAGUUUGAGGAAGGAAAUGGUGCAAACACAGAUGCAGAGUUUCAGAGAAUAGUACUUUCUAUUUUUACUCUAUUGUUGAAAUUUAUUUGACAAUUUUUUUUAUAGGUUUUGGUGGUCUUGCAUGUAUCUAAGAUAGAUUGUUAUCACAAUGUUGUUUAGCUAUAGAUGACAUUUUAAUUUUACAUAGAAAUCAAAGCUUGAGAUUGAAUCGAAGUGUGGUAAUUAUCUUAUUAAUAUAAAAAGAUAAUUAAAAUUCUCUCACGGGUGUUUUUGUCCUCCAAAACUUUGGAUGCCUUACUCCAUUCCCAUGGGAGUUUUUCCCCUCCACAACUUCGCAACGGGUACCAGAUAUAUGCAAUCAUGGUCUUCUUUUUAUGGUUUCUGUCUUGGCAACCUUUCUUUCUAACCUUAGACUAUUACCAUCUUUGUAAUUCUCAUUUAAUUCCCCUGAAUAAUGUAAGCUUAAUUUUGGUUUUAUUUUUUAGAGUUAAUUUGUAUAUAUUGCCCAUUUCAAUAAAAAA